AUGGUUUCUGAUGAGAUUCUCUACCGAUGUGGGAGUUAUGAUUGGGUCCCUUUGUUGGGGAUUUGGGGAGCCAUUGGAUAUGCCCCUCUACUGGUAUUGAGGCAAUAUAGAUCAAGACAAUUUAUACCGAUGACACAAGGGCUAGCUCAGAGUGGGUUCUCGUAUGGGGAGAAAGACUCCAAGAAAAAGAACCGUGAGAUUUAUAAUGCCUGGAACCAAACUUGCCGGAUAAAGAGAGUUGCUGUGAAUCCAAUGCAAGACUUCGAAAAGAAAACCUCAGAGUUAGAAAGGAAAAUAGAGCAGCUGGAGGAGGAAAAAGUAUACUUAAAGUUGGAUGUUGAUGUUCAAAAAUUCGAGGCUGAGAAUUUGAGAAAGGGAAAGAGAGAAGUUGAUGAGGACCUAGACAGUCUGAAGACUGAUUACAAGCAGCUGCAUAAGUCAAUGAGAAAUGCUGGCUUGGGUAAAACGUCUGAACAGUGGAGGCAAGAAACCCAAGAGGAAAAGGCUAGGGCUGAUUGGUGGGAAAGAAAGUUCCACGAUGCUCAGGCUCGAGAAGUCACUUGUAAAAAGAGUUUGGAUGAUGGCCAGAAUGAAAAACAGAUGUUAAGAGCUCAAGUGGAGGAGUUAGAAACCGCACUACAGCAACAUCGGUGUCGUAACUCAAUAAUUGAAUUAAGAACUAGUCUAAGCAAGAUCGAGAAUUUGAAGGGGAAAGUAGAAGAACUUGAAGCUACACUUCAGAACUGUGAGAAUCAAAUUGAAUUAUUGGAAGCAAAUAAUGAGCAACUAGGGGAGAAAAUUCACCGAUCUCAAGAUCAGGUCCGAGAUAGGGAUUACUUAAUGGGUGAAGCUAUAGCUCAGAUACAAGAGGUGGGUGAUCACUUACAGACUUUAGCGGUCCAAGCAGAUGUGCUAGGAGUUAAAUAUGAGUUAGAAUCAGAUCGGGGGCGAGAGUUAGCCUGCCUUCUUAGGAAAGUAAAAGCUUUGGGUGUUAGGGCUCAGAUGCAAGAGCAGCUGGCUAAGAUCCAGCAGGAAAUGAGAGACCAAAUGCUGAAGUCUCAGAGAAACAUGCUAGAAUCACAAAAUAGCAUGAUAAGCCAGCUGACACAGCUGUUUAAAGGAGGGUCUGACAAAGGAAAAGGCCCUAUGGUUGACACGAGAAAUGACAAUGAGGAUUUCGCUUGUCCUACAAGUUUUACGCCAGCAAACAUGCAAACACAACCACCAAGGGUGUCUGUUAAUGUCCAACCUCUUUAUUAA